ACUUACACUGAUCAGUGCAUCUGUUACCGAACUGCAGCUAUAGAAUCAUAUUAAUCAGAAGCCUUGACCUGAGUUCCAUUAGCAAUGUCCAAACAGGGAGACAGACAGUCGGUUUUCCAAACCACUAAAGUCCGCACUGCUCUGAAAGGAGAUGGCAGCUGGAUACAGAGACAAGAGCCAGAAAAUACUGACGUGGAGAAACCAUGGCUUGCUGAGGUGCGAGCAAACCGCUCUAGUAGUGUUUUCGAAGAAACAAGUCCUGUUUCAUCACCCACGACCAAAUCGCCUCAGCCCAAAACUGACACAGAGAAAUCAAAAACAAACACAUCUGGAUACAUAAUCAGAGGGGUGUACACAAAAACUGAUUCCAAACCACCAUCGACGUCAUUUAGCAAUGGAUUUGUUGGAGUAAAUAACUUGGCAAAAAAACCAUCAGAAAGUUACAAGAAAAUAGCACCUCACACAAUUAGGUCCAGUAAUGGAAAAACAGUGCAGUCUGAACCAACUUUGAGUACAGAGGAAAUGGAUAAGAGGAUGGAGGCAGCCUCCAGUGUGCUUAGAGGUUCGUCAGGAAAUCGACGUUCAUACGUAAUGUCUGCUACGAAGAAAUAUGAAUCUACAGACAAACCCAACAACUCUGAUGACAUUAGUGCUUCCUUUGUUGCCAAAAGGGUAGUUAUCAGUGAUGAUGAUGACACUCCAGCAACUGUAAAAUCUGUGCCACAGCAAAGUGUGAAAUCAAGUAAUGAAGAAUCCCCUGUGAAGAAACCAGUGGUGAAGGAGGUCAACCCAGCAGCACCUGAAACAAAGCCUGCAAUUAGCACAGAAUCUAAAACAACUGAAACUAAACCCACAACAGAUUCUAAACCAGCAGUAGAAAACUCAACACAGCCUAAAACUGCACCUGAAGCCAAAUCUGCAUCACAACCUAAACCAGCAUCUGAAACUACAAAAACACCAGAUUCAAAAUCAGCACCAACAGUAACUGAACCUAAACCACUGGCUGAAACUAAACCUACUACACAGCUUGCAGCAACAUCGGAUCCCAAACUAGCACCUGAAAACAAGCCUACUACACAAAUCACAACAGUAACUGAACCUAAACCACUGGCUGAAACUAAACCUGCCACACAGCUUGCAGCAGCAUCAGAUCCUAAACUAGCACCUGAAAACAAGCCUACUACACAAAUCACAACAGUAACUGAACCUAAACCACUGGCUGAAACUAAACCUGCCACACAGCUUGCAGCAGCAUCUGAUCCUAAAAAAGCACCUGAAACCAAACCUACAACACAAACUACUACAGUAACUGAACCUAAAUCCACAUCUCAGCCUAAACCACAGACUGAAACUAAACCUACCAUACAGCUUAUAUCAGCAUCUGAUCCUAAACUAGUUCCUGAAACUAAACUUACUACACAAACUACAACGGUAACUGAAACUAAAUCCACAUCUCAGCCUAAACCACUUGCUGAAACUAAACCUACUAUACAGAUUACAGCAGCAUCAGAACCUAAAUCAGCAACUGAAACCAAACCUACAACACAAACUACAACAGCAACUGAACCUAAACUUACAUCAGAAACUAAGACAGUUGUUGAAACUAAACCCACCACACAAGUAACAAAAACAACUGAAAUUAAACCUAUAAUGAAAACUCGAGAAGCAAGUGAUUCCAAACCAACACUGAUACCUACAGUGGUUGUAACAAAGCCUACAGAGACAACUGAAGUUAAACCUACAACACAAACUAAAACAGCAACUGACUCCAAACUUGUGGAGGAAACUAAAACUACAAUAGUUACAGCAAGUGACCCUAAACCAACAUCAGAACCUAAAGCAGUUGAAACCAAACCUGCAACAACAGCUGAACCUAAACCUACGGCACAAGCUAAAACAGCAGCAGAGUCUAAACUAAUGGAAGAAAUUAAAGCUUCAAUAAAAACAACAACAGCAAGUGAUGCUAAAUCCACAUCAGAACCUAAACCAGUUGAAAUCAAACCAACAACAACAGCUGACCCUAAAUCCUCCACUGAAACUAAACCUACGGCACAAACUAAAACAGCAACUGAGUCUAAACUACUUGAAGAAAUUAAAACUACAAUAAAAUUGAGCACAGAAAGUGAUUCGAAACCCACAUCAGAACCUAAGCCAGUUGAAACCAAGCCUUCAACAACAACUGAAUCAAAAUCCACAACUGAACCUAAACCUACAGCACAAGCUAAAACCGCAACUGAGUCUAAACUAUUGGAAGAAAUUAAAACUACGAUAAAAAUGAGCACAGAAAGUGAUCCUAAACCCACACCAGAGCCUAAAACAGUUGAAACUAAGCCUACAACAACAGCUGAACCUAAAUCUGCAACUGAAACUAAGCCUACAACACAAACUAAAACAGCAACUGACUCUAAAUUAGUGGAAGAAAUUAAAACUACAAUAAAAAUUCCAACAGCAAGUGAUCCUAAACCAGUGGAAAUUAAAACAGCACCUCAGGCAGUUGAAACUAAACCCAAAACAGCUGAAGCUAAGCCCGCAGUUGAAAUUAAAACAUCAACUGAUCCUAAACCCACAUCUGAACCUAAACCAGUGACUGAGACCAAAACAACUCCUGAACCUAAAUCUGGAACUCAGCUCAAACCAGAGCCCAAACCUGAACCAGUUCCAGACAAAAGUGCCGAAAGCCUGAUUGCCCUGUCUGACACCCUGAUAUCCUUCGACACUGAGCCUGCCUCUCAGUACAGUCCUCAUCACCUCCUGGACUCAAGGAGUACCUGGAGGACAGAAAUGGAGAGCACUAAAACCAGCACCAGCACAGAGGAGAGGGACCGGAAGUUACCAGAAUCUGAAUCCAAGAAGAACUUUGUCUAUGUUAAGGAAUAUGUGGAUAACUCUGCUGUAGAUGGCAGCAGCUCUGAUUAUGUGUCAUCAACAACUUCCAGCUACAACUACAGCAGCCCCAGCUACUACACCAGAAGUGAAAUGACCGCUUGUACGUACUGUGGAGAAAAGGUGGGAAGUGAUGUCAAAAUCACAAUUGAGCACCUGAACAUAUCCUGUCACCCAUCCUGCUUUAAGUGUGCUAUUUGCAGUAAACCAAUGGGAGACUUGCUCUACAAUAUGUUUCUGCAUCGUGGGACAGUUCAUUGUGAGAGUUGCUAUUCCAACCUGCUAUAAUGAGAUCUUACCUUACCUAAAACAAACCCUCACCAAAAUAGUCUACUUCAUUUUUUUGAAGGGAGCUACAUUUUAUACUAACAGAUUACACAUUCAACUUGAUUUUUUUCCUUACUGAUGCAAAACAUUUAAAGCAUAUCACGUGGUUUAGAAUAUUUUUAGAGUUCUGAAUGUUUUUAUUAAUAAGUUUUCUAGUGUUAGAACAUCAGGAAUGUAUGUUGCAGGGAUCCCAGGAUUUCUUUCUUUCUAUUUUGGGGGGAUUCUGUUCCUUGUUCAGUUGUCAAAUCGACAAGAAUGUAUUUAUCCUAGUUGUAUUUAAUCAUCAUUGAAUAUUUUAAAGAAACUUUUUCCGUAGCAUUGUUAUAAAAUGUGUAACCAUUGUCAUGAAUAAAGCUGUAUUCUUUUAUUGUUUUUGUUACAAGAAUGUGC